AUGGAGAUGGCUACAUCAGUGCUGCAUCUGCCCCUAAAAUUUGCGGCACACAACCUAGUUCCGGAUGGCUUGGAGGCGUUAUGGCUCAAGACCGCUGGCAUGCCUAGCGAUCUGAUUGUGAAUAUUGCGGAGGCGGGGUUGCACCUCCACAGAUUCCCUCUUUACUCAAGGUCGAGCAAGUUUGCGGAGAUCGCGGAAAUUGACAAGCAUUCAGGGCAGACCUUCGUCAGUCUCGAUGACCUUCCGGGGGGACUCCCCGCCUUUCUGGUGGUGGCGAACUUCUGCUAUGGGUUGGACGUCCGCCUCACGCCGGACAACGUGGCAGCCGUCCGGUGCGCCGCGGCGUUCCUCCGUAUGGACGAAGCCUCCCACUCGCUGCAGGUGUCACUUCUCCCUGUUCAGUUGUGCCUUUCCAGUCUGGGCGGUGCGAGAACCCUCGCGGACUACGCGGACCGGAAGCUGGAGCAGAUGCUCGCGAGCGUCGGCGACGCGAUGGCGGUGACGCGCAGCUGCGAGGCGCUGAUGCCGCUGGCCGAAGAGCUGGGGAUCGUGAAGCGGUGCGUCGAGGCGGUGGCGGGGGCCACCGUUGAGAAGCUUGGGGCCGGCGGUGAAAUGAGCCCCCUCGACACGGAGUCAAUCAUCAGCUUGGGGCUUGUCAUGUUUUCCAAGAUGGUCGAGGGCCUGCGCGCGCACGGCGUCCCGGGCCCCGUCGCGGGCCGUCUCAUCGAGGAGUACGGCAAGAAGUGGCUGCCGCUGCACACGGACGAGGGCGAGAUCACCAAGGAGCUGUGCUACGAGGCCUCCAAAACUCUGCAAACCCUGGUGGACCUGCUGCCGCCGCUGCGCCGGGAGGGCGGCGAGGCGGCCGAGAGCCGCCACCUCAUGCGGCUGCUCAAGGUGGCCAUCCGCUUCGGGGCAACCACGGAGUGCCGGGAGAAGAUACAGGACCGUGCCGGUUCCGUCCUGGACCACGCUUCUCUCGAGGACGUCCUGACGCUGGAGCCAGCGGAAUUGCAAGCGUUGGCGGAAGCCUUCCUUUUCGAGGAGAACACGCGCACUCUGAGCGCGCCCAUGGAAUCGCUGCGCGCUGUGGCGACCCUGAUCGAUGGCUACCUGCGGCGCCGCGUGGCUAAGGGAAUGACCGUCAACUCGUUUUACCGACUGGCCAUGGUCCUCCCCCCCGAGUCCCGCGCCUCCCACGACGAGCUGUUCCACGCGAUGAUGGAGUUCCUGCGCGCGGGCAACAAGCAGCUGACGGACAUGGAGCGCCUCGGGCUGUGCGAAACCAUAAACCCCGCCAAGCUGUCCGACGCAGCCGCGGAGCAGGCGCUAAUGAGCGACGACGUCCCGAUCGCGUACGUCGCCCAGAUCCUCAUGGCGCAGAAGGCCAAGCUCGUGCAGCAGCUAAACGCCAAGCGCGCCGAGGACGGUUCCGCUGAGAUUGCUGCUCUCAAAGACGAGAACGCGCGGCUGAAGGAGGAAAGCGAGAAGGCGCGGUCCAAGCUGAAUGCGGCCGCGCUUUCGUACACGGCAGUGCGUGCGGCGAUGCGGGAGGAGAACCAGACGGAGCUGGUCUCCUUGCGGAUGGCCUACGAGGAGCUCGAGCAGCGCCUGCAAGGGACCCCCAAAGUACCGGUCGCCUUCAGCCCCUCGGGGGUGGGUCUAAGCCCCCCAACCGGAGCUCAUCCCACCAGGCACCCCACCACGACGGUCCCUGCUCGCAACCCAGCCCAGGUCAACGUUAACCCCAGUCUUCGGCAGUUGGUUUUCAAGGCGCCGGUCAGGGAUCCCUCUUCCGUUCAUUGGGCGCAAGGAAAGGCUCCGGGCGCCGUUGGAUUGGAUCAGCCAGCUGGAGACGCCCGUGAAGAGCGGGACGGGGGUGGAAUUGGGCGCUACAAAGAGCCCCCUCAAGAGUUUGAGCCGGAGCAGGCGCCCAACAAGGGCCGUCUCCGGCGGUUGACGAGGAAUGGGAAGUAG